AUGAAUCUAAGACUAUAUGGCAAAAAGACUGCUGAAACGAUUGCCUCCGUGCUCGCCUACAGCAUCUGCAGCAUGAGCAUGAUCAUUCUGAACAAGCUCGUCAUUUUUACCUUCGGUCUGAACUACCCCAUGGGUCUUCUCUUCAUCCAAAACAGUGGUGCGGUGCUUCUCGUGUCCUUCGCGAGGCGGAUGAAGUGGCUGCACUACCCGGAUUUCAGCAUGGAAGUGACGAAGAAGUGGCUUCCCCUGACACUUCUCUUCGUUGCCAUGUUGUGGACAUCAAUGAAAAGCCUGCAUACAAUGUCUGUCUCCAUGCAGACAAUUAUUAAAAACCUCGCGGUAAUCAUAACAGCCAUGGGUGACUCGAAACUGUACGGUAGACGAGUGACGCCUGUCAUGUACUUUUCCUUCGUUCUCAUGGUGUUUGGCAGCUAUAUGGGCGCGAAAGGAGACCGUUGGGUGACCACUUGGGGUCUUUUCUGGACCUUCAUGAAUAUCGCAGCGACAGUGUGUUACACACUAUACAUGAAGCAGUUAUUGGGGGAUGUGAGCAAGCAGAUUGGACGCUAUGGGCCGGUCUUCUACAACAAUCUGCUCUCACUGCCGUUCAUUUUAGCGGCAUCCCUCCCGUCAAUGCCGGAUAUGGCGGCAUCACUAAUGAUCGCCUCUUGGUGGACCCUUUUCAGUGUUGUUCUCAUGAUCCUUGCUGGGUCUCUGAUGACUUUUGCUGUCUUUUGGUGUAUGAAGGAGACAUCCCCUACCACCUUUAGCGUCAUCGGCGCUGUUAACAAAGCACCCCUGGCAAUAAUGGGUAUGAUAGUAUUCAAGCAGUUUCCCACAUUGACGGGUUAUUGUGGCAUCAUGGUGGCCCUCACCGGAGGGUUCAUCUACACAUAUGCAAAUAUCGGCACUGGGGCCAACAAGCCCUCGGAGGAUGGCCGUAAUGCGGACACAUCGCCGGCAGCGCACCGAGUACCAUUAUCUGAUGAAGGUGGGUCGAGCAAACUGAAAGACUAUGUGUAG